GAGCAGGAGGGUGGAGGUUAUUGUUCAGUUGCAUCACUGGAAUCGCUCUUCUCACCAUUGCUUUUCCAAAUACCUUACUCCAGAAAGAUGAAGAUCUUCUGUGUAUUUCCUUUGUGCUUGAUGGGAGUGUUUGCAGCCCCAAGCUUCAAUCCUCUAUUGAAUGAACCUUGGAAGCAGUGGAAGAGUUGGCAUCACAAAAGUUAUGAGCAGAGAGAAGAAGGUUGGAGAAGAAUGGUGUGGGAAAAGAACCUUCGAAAAAUUGAACUUCACAACUUAGAAUAUUCACUUGGAAAACAUUCAUUCAAAAUGGGAAUGAACCACUUUGGAGACAUGCCGAAUGAAGAAUUCAGACAGGUUAUGAAUGGGUAUAAGUCAAAACAAACUGUGAAGAAGACUCGAGGUUCUCUAUAUUUGGAGCCCAACUUUCUGGAGGCACCCAGGAAGGUUGAUUGGCGUAAACAUGGAUAUGUCACUCCAGUUAAAGACCAGGGUCAAUGUGGUUCAUGCUGGGCAUUCAGUACCACUGGAGCCCUUGAAGGCCAGCACUUCAGAAAGACUGGCAAGCUUGUCUCACUCAGUGAACAGAAUCUUGUGGAUUGUUCUAAACCUGAGGGAAAUGAAGGAUGUAAUGGUGGACUGAUGGACCAAGCAUUCCAAUAUGUACAGGAUAAUGGCGGAAUUGACUCCGAGGAGUCCUAUCCUUAUCUUGGAACGGAUGAUAAUCCUUGUCACUAUGAUCCCACAUACAAUGCUGCUAAUGAUACUGGGUUUGUAGAUAUUGCCAGUGGUAACGAGAGAGCCAUGAUGAAAGCGGUUGCUGAAGUUGGACCGGUUUCUGUAGCCAUUGAUGCAAGCCAUGAGUCAUUCCAGUUCUAUGAAUCUGGUAUCUACUAUGAAGUUGACUGCAGCUCAAAAGACCUUGACCAUGGUGUACUAGUAGUAGGAUAUGGUUAUGAAAGAGAUGACGUAGAUGGAGAUAAAUUUUGGAUCGUAAAAAACAGCUGGAGUGACCAGUGGGGUGACAAAGGAUAUAUACUGAUGGCCAGAAACAGACAUAACAACUGUGGAAUUGCAACAGCAGCAAGCUACCCUCUAGUAUAAAUAUUGAAUUGCCUUAUUUGAAAUAUAAGUUAAUGAGUAUUAAGAUGCUGUGCUCUAGACGUUUCAAUAAGCCAGCUGUCCCGGACAUGAAGGUGUUCUAUUAUUUCCCUGCCGGAAUUGAAUUUUCCUUUUAUCUGGAGCUGUUCUGAUUUUGUUAUUGGAUUCUGUUGUCAAACUAGAAAACUCAAUUGAAAGAAGACUGGUUUGAAUGGCCUGACCAUUGGAAACAGAUGGGGGGGAAAAAAGCAACAUAAAUGUUAACUUUCAGCUAGUGUUACAUAAUUACAAUUUUUUAAUAAGCUGUUUUAUGAAAUACUUCAUGCCAAAUUGAUUCAUUUAUAAUGAUGUUCAACUAACUGUCAUUUAGUGUUUUUAAACUGUGUAACUGCUGAGCAAUGCAUAAUAAAAUGUUGCUCUUA